UUAGACAUACAUACAUCAAACCUUUCAAGCACAUUACUUGUUAAACUUAAUCGAAAGUAAUUUACAUUCUCUAUUGAUACGACCCCUGAGCCACUUGACCGAAAGUUGGCUACAAUUUUAUUCAACAGAUAUACCACAUAAAAUACGACACUUUCGAGUCAUCUCGUCAUCGUGAUUGUUUAAUCAGAUAGUCCGUUUUCGUUUGUCUAUCAAAUAUUACCUUAUAUUUAUUUUUUCUAUAAAACAAUGUCGGAAAACGUGAAUCCUAUUAAAUAUUUUUUAAGUGGAGGUUUCGGAGGAGUAUGCACCAUCCUCGUCGGUCAUCCUCUCGAUACGAUUAAAGUUCGACUACAAACUAUGCCUAUUCCUAAACCUAAUGAAAAACCACUCUACACGGGUACAUUUGACUGUGCCAAACAAACUUUUACAAAGGAAGGAUUUCGAGGAUUUUAUAAAGGCAUGGGAGCUCCGCUUGUUGGUGUUGCCCCUAUAUUUGCCAUGAGUUUUUUGGGUUUCGGUAUUGGUAAAAAGUUGCAGCAAUCAGAACCCAAUCAAAAACUCAGUGAGCUUCAAAUUUUUUAUGCUGGAGCUUUUAGUGGAAUUUUUACUACUGUUAUUAUGGCUCCUGGUGAGCGAAUAAAGUGUCUUUUACAGAUACAACACGGAAAUGCUACACCAAAAUACAAUGGCCCCAUUGACUGCAUCAAAAAAUUGUAUGCAGAAGGAGGUUUAAGAAGUAUAUUCAAAGGAUCUUGUGCUACAUUGUUGAGAGAUGUACCUGCUAGUGGACUUUAUUUUACUACAUAUGAAGUUGUAAAACGAAGCCUAACAAAAGAAGAUGGAAGUAUUAGUCUCUUAUCAACACUCACUGCUGGAGCCUGUGCUGGAAUUGCCAAUUGGGUUAUUGGAAUGCCACCUGAUGUUUUAAAAUCUCGACUACAAACUGCUCCAGAAGGAACAUAUAAAAGGGGAGUGAGAGAAGUUUUUGUACAUCUUAUGAAAACGGAAGGUCCAGCAGCACUUUACAAAGGUUUUACUCCUGUAAUGCUUAGAGCUGUUCCUGCUAAUGCAGCUUGCUUCUUAGGUUUUGAAGCAGCAAAAAAUUUCUUAGACUGGUUAGCCCCAAAUUAUUAAACAUUCUGUUUAAUAUUAAUGCUCCAUAUUUCACAGAAACUGUUUUUUAUCUGUGUUUGAAGUCAUUAAGAAAAAGUCUUGUAUCGAGUAAUGAUAUUAGCAUUUACAAUCACAUACGUACAUUAGGAUUAAAAAGGUAUCAAUGCAAUUUUCAGUCCAAUAAUUUAUAAGAUUUUGUUGGUACAUUGGGUGUUAUUGGUUAUUAAUAACUUCAAUAGAAAAUUUUACUCUUGCUAGUAGGAAAACCGUUGCAGAAGCAUUCAGUAAAAAUUAUAUAUUUUUUUAUCAAUUCCUACUAGUAAAAGUAACAUUCCUCUAAAAUUUUAUUUAGAAGAGAAAAAUGUGUCUUCUUACAAAAGACAAAACAGUGAACAAAGGGAACUUAAAUGAAAGUAUUUGAAAGUAAAAAACAAUUUUUAAAUUUUCAAAUGUAAAUUCUUAUAUGCAUUAAUGUAUAUACAUCUACAGAAAAGCUAUAUUGCACUGCUAUUAGUGCCAUGUUAAAAAUGUUUUUCAUAUAAAGAUAUAAAAGUUUUUAAACUAUUUUCCAUGGUACAUUAACACGUGAAUAUAAACAUAUCAUGGAAAGGGACAAUGGUUACAUAUGUACAUUGAAUUUUAUUGUUUUUGAAUAUAAUAUUGGAUGUAAAAAGCUGAAUUAUUUUAUAUAAUCGAUUGAUUUGAAUUGGUUUAUUCAUAUGUACGUUACCGUUAUUUUUCAUUUGUCAAAUGAUUUCAUACAUUGCGUAAAAAUUUGUUUAAAAAUUAGGACCUAUGCAACAAAGUUUGUAACAAAAACAGUUCCUCAUUCUUUAUAUUACUCGUAAUACUGAUUAACAGUAUACAAAAACCUAGAUCAAACCUAAAGAAUGCUUUAAUGUGGUCCAUGCGCACAAAGAUGUUUGCCGUAUAUAUAAAAUGUAAUACUGCAUUAAUGAACUUCGUAAAGAAUU